AUGCCAGCUGAGAGUCCAACAUCAACCCGAGGCUCAAUUGAUCCUGAUGAGAAUCAAACAAAUCAUAUCAAGCUUCCGGCGGAUCUUGAGGCUGCUGUAAUAAGAAUUCUGAAGACUAGUGAUCCUCUGGAUAAUGCUGAUUUCAAUCCUAUCAAAUACAUAAACUUGUUAUUACCAAAUGAACAAUCAUUGUCAUUAAUUGACGUUGCGUCACAGAAUCUCCAACAGCAAAUGCGUUUACUAGAGAAUGAAAUAAGAGAGCUAACGAGAACGCAAAUAAGCGUGGGCGAGCAAGGGGUUGAGGAGGUUAUUCAAGCAAAAAAAGCUAUCGAGGAACUAUUUGAGCGAAUCAAGCAAAUCAAGGAGAAAGCUACUCAGUCUGAGAUUAUGGUGCAAGAGAUAACGCAAGAUAUUAAGUCUCUUGAUUACGCUAAGAGGCAUUUGACUAUUUCCAUAACUGCCUUAAAACGUUUACAAAUGCUAGUCACAGCAGUAGGGCAACUGAGAAUAAUGGCAGAGAUGAAGCAGUACAGGGAGACUGCGCAAUUGCUGCAGGCAGUUUUGCAACUUAUCACGUUUUUUAAGAGCUAUAAAAGCAUUCACCAGAUAUCUGACUUAAUUAAUUCAGUUAACGCCUUCCAGGACGGCCUGAAAAAACAAAUAUUUCUUGAUUUUGAAUCAAGCUUUGCGUCCGAUGGAAGCUUGACUGUCCAAACAGCACCGUUAUCAGAUGGAUGUUUAGUGAUCGAUAUUAUGGGCGCAAACGUCAGGACUCAACUUAUAAAUUGGUACUGCGAGCAGCAGUUACGCGAAUACAAGCGCUUGUUCCGAGGAAACGACGAGAUUGCCUCUCUCGAAAAUACACCCCGUCGGUAUGCAUGGUUGAAACGAGCUCUCAAGAGUUACGACGAAGAACAUGCUUCCAUAUUUCCGGUUCGUUGGCAUUUGAGUGAAGAAUUAUGUUCUAAAUUCUGUGAAAUUACGCGAGAAGAUUUUACCAAAGUUCUUGAAAAAACUGUCGAUUUGGAUGUAAAGACUUUGUUGAAAAAUUUGCAAUUGACCAUUGAGUUUGAAGCACAGAUUGAAAAGAGAUUUAGCUCAAUGUUGGAAGAAAAAUUAAUCGAGAAAAUUUAUGAAGGAUAUAAAAGUAAAGUCAGUCUUGAAGUUGAACGCGAAUCUUUUUUAACGGUGAUCUCGACGGCACUGAGAAUUCUUGUCAGAGGAGUUGAAUUAAGUUGUGAACCAGCUCUAUCUUCAAUGUCCCGUAUUCCCUGGGGUACUCUUGACUCUGUGGGCGAUCAAUCGGAAUACAUAUCCCAGCUUCAGACUAUAUUGAACCAGUACAUGGUUUUAAUCAAUGAAAAUAUUUCAAGUCCGAGAUAUUUCAGGAGUUUUUGUGAUAAAUUCGUCGAUUCGUUCUUCUGUCAAAUAAUUAAUAAUCUAGCAAAAUGUAAACCCAUAUCAACAUAUGGCGCUGAACAGAUGCUUCUUGAUAUCCAUUCUUUAAAAACGACUCUCUUGACAUUGCCAAUGAUGAGUUCAGAUAACAUUGCGCAACAACCAACUACAUUUGUGAAGCUAGUAAAUAAGGGAAUAGCAAAAAUAGAAUCUAUUCUGAAGGUCGUUCUCUCGCACGACGAUCCUGAAGCAAUAGUCAACAACUAUAUUUUACUAAUUAAAGAUAAGAAUGUCAAUAACUUCCAAAAAAUUUUGGAAUUAAAGGGCAUAAAGAAAACCGAUCAGCAAGCCAUCUCGGACUUAUUCCAGAAACGCGUUGCGCAACAUAAUGAUCUGCAAAACAACUCUUCUGUAUUAUCAUCGAUGCAACUGGGAUCUUAUAUAACAAACUCUCUCGCUAACGUUACGACAUUGGCAACAGGAGUGACUACCGACAGGCGGUUUAUUACUGAUAGAGGUGGCGCGGCCGCAACGAAGUUUAAAGUACUGGCGGGAAAAGUGUGGGGUCGCAAGGAUGGAGCGGGGAGUGCAGGUGUCGGAGAAUCGUGGAAGGGUGGUGAAGGGAAGACUGGAUGA